UCUUUCUGUCCAGCUACCUUCUCACUAGAUGAUAAAGAGUUUUUAUUGAAGUAUUCUCAGUUGAUCGAGCUAAUCAGGAGGGGGAACAUCCACCCCGCUCGCAAUUGGAGUAUGGAUAUGUUGGAUAUGUUGGAUAUAGUUUAGCUGACUAGACCAAAAUGAGACAGACUAAGAAUGUCCCUCGUAGCCUGACGUCAGCUUGUCUACACCGUAUCACUUCCGUUUGUGCAUUCUCUUUGUUGUCCUCUGGUUCAUACCAGAUCACCCUUCACAAUGGCCACAUAUCGCGAAGCUUGGAGUCUCUUCCAAGAUGAUGUUGUGCUUCCUUCCAGUAGUACCGCUAAUUUGUCCAGCGGGACAGAGCUGCCAGGUCAGAGCGCAGCAUCGAGGACAGUGUCGAAAACAGAACUCGUCUCGGAGCUUCGGCGUCUUCGACAAGACUUGCAAGAUCUACAGUCUACCAGUCAUCCCAACCAAGAUCCCCACACCACGUUUUCCUCCACCCAACCAGACAAUUCUCUUCCCCGAGAACCAGGGACCGAGAAAUUGGAACCAUAUCGCUGUUGGGAAUCCUGUUGCAACGGCCGAGUAUUCUCCACUCGAAGUAACUUGAUUCGACAUCAAAGAGAGCGAAAGGGGGAAUCGGCCAAGCUGCGAUGUUCCUUUUGUGGUGCGGUUUUCUUGCGCAGCUCGGCUCGGAAUGCGCAUGAGUCUGCCAGGCGAUGUCGUCGGUGAUGGAAAAGAACACCAUCACUAGACUUUGUCUUUUUAAAUUGGUAUCUGAAUUAGAAGAAAUUUUCUAAACUAUUAGUUAGUAAUGGUAGCC